AUGAAAGAAAGUUUAGUAACGGAUUUUAUCAAGUUCAAUUCACGGAGGUCAACCGUGUACUCUACCAAGGGGAUGGUUGUCUCGUCCCAAGCAUUGGCCAAUCACGCAGGUAUUAAAAUAUUGUCUAAAGGAGGCAAUUGUGUUGAUGCAGCAAUUGCUGUUUCUGCAGCAUUGUGUGUUGUUGAGCCAGGCUCCACUGGUAUUGGAGGUGAUUGCUUUUCGUUAUACUACAAGCGUGAGACUAAGGAAGUCCAUGGCAUGAAUGGUACUGGGAGGUCAGCCAAAAACUUGACCAUUCAAAAUAUCUGUGAUCGCUACAAUAAUGGUCAGCCAAUGAAAAGAAUUCCUCCUGAGUCUGUAUUGACGGUAAAUGUUCCCGGGGCAGUGGCCGGGUGGGUGGAUUCUUAUGAAAAGUGGGGGUCUAAAAAUGUAACUCUCGAAGAGAUUUUGGAACCAGCAAUUUCGCUAGCCGAAGAUGGAUUCCCGGUGUGUGAGAUAGCAUGUCUAUUAUGGAAAAGUGCCGAGGAUAAGCUUAAAAAACAAAAUCCUGACCCCAAACUAAUUGAAAACAUGUUCCUUUUUGGUAAUGCAGCCCCAAAUGAAGGAGACUUCGUUACUAAUAAACCGCUUGCUAAGGCAUUUAGAGCUAUUGCUAAAGGUGGAAAGGAAGGUUUCUACCAAGGUCCAGUAGCGGAAGCAAUUAUCAGAGAAACAUCGUCUAGAGAUCAUAAAUUAGAUUUGAAAGAUUUAGCGACCCAUACAUCGACUGUUGUAGACCCAAUUAAUACUAAAUUCGAAGAUUACAAAGUAUGGGAGAUUCCACCUAACGGCCAGGGUUUGGUUGCAUUAUUGUCGUUAGGAAUUAUUCAGCAGCUUCAUAAAAGUGGCAAGAUUGAUUUGUAUAAAUUGAAACAUAACUCAGCAGAGUACCUCCAUGUUUUAAUUGAGGCAUCGAAGAUUGCAUUUUAUGAUUCGGAUGAAUAUGUUACAGAUCCUGAAUUUUCAAAAAUCCCACUUGAUGACCUCUUAAGUGAAUCCUACUUGAAAAAAAGAGCUGAAUUAUUCAGCAUGGAUAAAAUAUUAGAUAGUAGUGUUAUCGAGCACGGAGUACCAAACCCCAGAUAUAAAUCCGACACUGUAUACCUUGCAGUUACUGAUUCGAAUGGAGACGCUUGCUCAUUUAUCAAUUCUGUAUAUGAUGAUUUUGGUUCUGGUAUCGCUGUUCCAGAUUACGGAUUUUGUUUACACAACAGAGGUGCUAAUUUCAACUUAACACCUGAUCUUAAAAAUUGUUUUGAAGGAGGUAAGAGACCUUACCAUACAAUCAUCCCUUCAUUAAUUACAAAUUCAAAAGAUGAUUCAUUAUUUGCAGCAUUCGGUAACAUGGGUGGUUACAUGCAACCAGUCGGUCAAGUGCAACAUGUCUUGAAUUUAUGUGUCUUUGGUUUUACCCCUCAACAGCUGAUUGAUCUGCCAAGGUUUUGUCUCAAUGCUACAAAGGAUAGAAUGGAUUCAGAUAGAGGUAAAGGCAGUGAUGGACCAGUAUCAACUGCUGUGACUGAAGUUGCAUUAGAAGAUGGAAUUGAUCCAAAUGUUGUUGAAGAAUUAUCAAAAUUGGGACAUACUACAAAGGUAGUUACUGGGCAUGACAGAAAAAUGUUUGGACGUGCUCAAAUAAUCAAGGAUAUUUCUAAAGAUGGUCAGUUAAUAUAUGCAGCUGGUUCAGACUUACGAGGCGAUGGAGCUGCUGCACCAUUUUUUUAG